CACACACACACACGCACACGCGCGCACACACACACACACACCGAACCGGGAACAGGUGUGUGUUUUUCACGACAAUCUUCCGGUGUGGGUUCGUUUGUUUUACUCUGCCAUGCGGCGCGUCGUGCGGAGUUAUCAGCUGUUCUGCCAAUCCCCGCCUUGCAACACAAUAACAAACAACAACAAAUGCUCCUCUUGAUGUGUCCUGCAGGUCCGUUGUUUCUUCUCCAGGGUGCGGACGGGUUCUUGUGUUUUUGCACCAUUUGCUGACAUUUUUCUGAUCGGAAAUAAACUCCACCCCCACCCACCUUACUGCCGCUGUUCGUACCCGGAGAAGAGGCUUCAUUUGCGGCAGAGACAGACAGGAGGCAACAUGUUCGAGGCGAGAGGAAUCCCCUUCGUGCUGCUCGACAUAACAUGUCUCAUCCUGGCUGGACUCCCCUUUGUUAUAUUCACGGUGACUCACAAUCCUUUCCGCCGAGGCUUUUUCUGUAACGAUGAUUCGAUCAAGUUCCCUCUUAAAGAAGACACCAUUUCCUAUCAGUUGUUAGGAGGUGUCAUGAUUCCCGUCACGGUGCUCACUAUGGUUAUUGGCGAGUGUCUUCUAGUUUAUCUGGAGCACCUUAAGUCCAAGUCUUCUUACGGCAGCUACGUGUCGUGUGUUUACAAAGCGGUCGGUACCUUCCUGUUCGGCGCCGCUAUGAGCCAGUCUCUGACGGACAUCGCCAAAUACUCCAUCGGUCGUCUCAGGCCGCACUUCCUCGAUGUCUGCAGACCGGACUGGAACUUCAUCAACUGCUCAGUGGGCGAUUACAUCGAGACGUUCACCUGCCAAGGGGACGCCAAGAUGGUCAACGAGGGCAGGCUUUCUUUCUACUCCGGCCACGCCUCUUUCUCCAUGUACUGCAUGCUGUUCCUCGCUCUCUACCUGCAGGCUCGUCUCCAGGUUGAAUGGGCGCGGCUGCUCCGACCCACAAUGCAGUUCUUCCUGAUCGCCGCCUCGGUUUUCACCGGCCUAUCGAGGGUGUCUGAUUACAAACAUCACUGGAGCGACGUGUUGACCGGUCUGCUGCAGGGCGCCAUUAUGGCUCUGCUGGUGGUGUUCUGCGUGUCGGACUUCUUCAAGCGUCGCGUGGCCCCCCGUAGAGAGGAGGAUAAUCCCCACACCACGCUGCAGGAGACAACCAAUGGAAACCACUGUGAGAGUCCCAACUAAGCAGCACCUCGAGGGGGAGGAGCUUCUGUCCAAAACGCACACCCAGGACCCCUUGCCUUUCAUUUCAUGCUCAACCCUUUCUCCGUUACCCUGCAUGGAUCAAGCUGUGCAUCCCAGAAGAAACGUCUGGAAGCUUUUAAGACUUUUUAAACCACCUGGAAGAAGGAAAGUGCCGACUACCUGCGAAGCCUCGUAGAUCGACACGUGUGUUUUAGAGAUUGUGCAAAGACAUGUUUAUCUACUGAGCAGGAAGAAGGAUCUGCAGGUCCGACCACUGAGGGGAAACCUGUGAAUGUACCUGUGCUUCUCACCUGAUUUAAGAGCUUUUUGAUGUACUAUGGCGAUUUUUCAGAUACUGAACAUUGACUUUUUUUAUUUAUUUUCGACAUACUUGACCAUGUAUGUAUUUAACCAUGACUUUUCUCCCCGACAUUUAUGACGUUGUUUCAGAUAUUCAACAUAGCAAACAUUGACUUUUUUAUUUAUUAGACAUACCAAACAUUGACUUUUCUCCACAUUUUAAACAUCCACUUUGAGAUUUACGACAGUUUUUUCAGAUUUUGACAUACUAGCCAUUACUUUAUGAUUUGACUAAACAUUGACUUUUUUUUUCUCCAGUAUCAAAAUGUUUUUGACUCAUUUUCGACAGACUCAUUGACGUUGUUUUGACAUCUCAACAUAUGACUUUCUCGAAAUACUACUUUGACUGUUCAGAUCUUGCGACAUUCUGACGUUAUCUUCCCGGCAUACUAUGUAAAGACUUUACGAUCAGCUGUUAGUUGAGUGCCUUUCGGUCGGGUGUUAAGUAAAGGGCUAAUCAAAGGAGGUUUGCUUCUUAAAGCUGAUCCUUAAACUCAAAUGAAGCUUUACUCGUAUUACGUUUGGUUUAAGAGUUGAGUCCCGUGUUGCCUUCGCUGUCGCUGCUGCGUAUAUGUAGAUCUAAUAUACUUUUUAUAUGUAAAGAAAAACAACCAAUCACCAUACAGAGUUUUAUUGAAAAGAAAUAUGUACAAAUGUCUAAAAGGAGAAUCAAAGCCAUUUCACUUGUUAUCAUGAACAGAUGUUGUUAAAUGAAAGCAUGACUUUUUUGUUUACCUCCCCAGGCAGAUAUAUCCAUAUAAUGUUGUAUUAUGAACCACUAAUAAACGCAUGAAUGGAAAACA